UAGAAUAUCUCAAAACCCAAUGUACAUUUGUUCACAUUUUAUUCUGAUUUUGAAGCAGCUCGGUUUCUGCAAACCUGCAACCAAACAAACAAAACAUAGAAGAAAGUGGAAGGGGACCAAGGGUCACCUGCAUGAGCCCCCAUAACUCCCAGCUACGCCCCUGCCUUUACAUUUCAACACAUGUUAAAAAUGAAAGCAUCUGUUUGUGCAACGAGCAGACACAAAAAAACACGAGACUUGGUUUAACGUGAGGAUGUGUUUGAGCUGAGACAGACCCUGACACCGAUCAGUCCGCCGGAGUUUCCACCGGGCCGGUGAUUUGGUGCAAUGCGAACACUUAAAUCGCUCCUUGUGCACGCUGCUGUCAGAUAGAUAGGCGGGAGCAGCAACCUCCCACUCCUCCUAUUGCUAUAACAACCACAGGGCGGUCGGUGCGACUCCAUGGCACAGCACCACUGAUGCGACUGCCAAGUGUCAUCCUCCUGCAAGUAGCCCGACCCCGGCUCACCGCAUCGUCGCUUGACUCCGACUGAAUCCCGCCCGGUUAGAGGAGGAGGAGGAGGGGGAGGGAGAGCCAGUGUUUCCCCGUCACAGUGAUCUGAACAGUGGGGAAGCUCAGGCUCGGGAUCCGCUACGUCAAACAGAUUAGUCAAAUAACCUCUCGGGGUAGGACAUACCUCCCCUCCUUGGGCUUGCCUGGCCGCGUGCAUGGGCUGAGGAAGCAAGAUAGUCUGCGUUGACAAACAGCCAGGAAGCCUUUGGCGAAACACAGAAGUGCGCUACUUUUCUUUUCUUGUGCUGGUUUCCUUUUUCUUUCUUUCUUUUUCUUUCUUUUUUUUUUUUGGCUGGAUGAGACGACUGUGGUGAUCCUCCAGAAAGCGUCUCUUCCUCUCCUACCCCCACCCCAGUGCGAAAUGGCGAAAGAAAACGGCGAGUCCAGCGAUGGAUCUUGGAAAAAGCAUGUCGAUGACAUCAAGAAAAUAUUUGACUUCAAGGAAGUCCUUGGGACCGGGGCAUUUUCCGAAGUGGUGAUGGCUCGGGAGAAGGCCACGGGAAAGAUGGUGGCAAUCAAGUGCAUCCCAAAGAAAGCGCUGAAGGGGAAGGAGACUAGCAUUGAAAAUGAAAUCGCCGUGCUUAGGAAGAUAAAGCAUGAGAACAUCGUUGCUCUGGAGGACAUCUACGAGAGCUCAAACCACCUGUACCUCAUAAUGCAGCUGGUGUCUGGAGGUGAGCUGUUUGACCGUAUUGUUGAAAAGGGCUUCUACACAGAGAUGGAUGCCAGCCGUCUGAUUCGGCAGGUUUUGGACGCAGUCAACUACCUGCACUCCAUGGGCAUAGUGCACCGAGACCUAAAGCCUGAGAACCUGCUGUACUUCAGUCCUCAUGAUGAGUCAAAGAUCAUGAUCAGUGACUUUGGCCUGUCAAAGAUGGAGGGAACAGGGGACGUGAUGGCAACCGCCUGUGGGACUCCAGGAUACGUGGCCCCUGAGGUUUUAGCUCAGAAACCCUACAGUAAAGCUGUGGACUGCUGGUCUAUUGGAGUCAUCGCAUAUAUUCUGCUUUGCGGCUACCCUCCUUUCUAUGACGAGAACGACUCAAAGCUCUUUGAGCAGAUUCUCAAGGCGGACUAUGAGUUUGAUGCGCCGUACUGGGAUGACAUAUCAGACUCCGCCAAAGACUUCAUCAGCUGCCUAAUGGAGAAGGACCCAGAGAAGAGAUUCACAUGUGACCAGGCUCUUCAGCACCCCUGGAUUGCUGGAGACACAGCUCUCUGCAAGAACAUACAUGAGUCAGUCAGUCGACAGAUGCGCAAAAACUUUGCCAAAAGCAAAUGGAGGCAAGCCUUUAAUGCGACGGCUGUCAUCCGCCACAUGAGGCGCCUGCAACUGGGCACCAGCUUUGGCAGCAGCGUCCACGGCAACAACUCCGUGUCCAACCCUCAGAGCCGAGCUCCAGCCAAGAGCCAGUCUGUGGACUGCGCCCCGCUCUCCCUGAAGGACUGUUCUCCAAUAGCUCCAUUGCCAUCUGCUGUUAAAGUGUACAGUCAGGACUCUGAUGCUCCCUCUACCGUGCGUGAGGAACCGUCGGUCGUGGCCGAAUCAUCGCGGCCCCGACCCUCCACCGUUACCGUCAUCCACACUGGGACUAAAUGACGCCAGGUUCCGCGGGAGGUGAGCUGGGAGACCACGGAGCUUUGAGACGGGAUGAAACCAUCCCCAGGCCUCGUGAUUCAACGUUGUUCCCCAGUUUACCCAUCCCGCAACCUCCCAUCUGUUUCUGCCAACCACGGGAGGAAUUUAAGGAGCAUUGGCUCGGCUCCAUUUACCAUGGCUCAGCACGGCACCCCGCCGCUUCCCUUCCCACUGUCAUACGGACCUGGAAGUACAGAGGGGGAGAGGCUCAACCAGAAGUUGUUAUUGUGGAAGCCAUGUUCAGGCUGGAUCAUGGUUGUCUGGCAGACAAACAAGCAGCUGGUCUGGGAAGUGCCACACUAAAGGGAAUUCAUUAUUGAAGCUGCUGUCGUUUUUGACUGAGCGUCUUGAGACAGGAUGCUCCUCUGUAUGCCUUGUGUAAAUAUCCUGCCUGGAACUGUUGAGUGGACUCCUGUUAUGCAAGUGAAAUAUAAGCUUCAAGCUGUGGUAAAUAGUUGUGACAUCAUCUGCACUCUGAACUUCUCGUUGUUAAUUUUCUGUGGUAUUUGCUACAAUGGCUCACAGAGUCAUGACUCCCAACAGUAUGACAGUAUGUGUAAUCUCUCUGCUUUAAAGUGUGUGGACAUGAAACGUGAGCAGGAUAAUGUGCUUUGGUCGUGGAGUGUGAUCGCUGAGAGGGCCGGUGCAUUGCACUAAUGUAAUGGAUUAUUUAUUUUCUUACAAUAUAUUAUGACUUUUGUAAGUAAUCCACUUGCAGAAAUGUGUUAUUAAACUGGACUGAAAGGUUAUUGCAUUGAAUGAUAAAGGCACAGUAUCUAAUAGUUGUUACUUUGUAAUUGCUGUUUUAUUUGAUUAAUUAAUUUUAACAUGACUGUGAAGUCCUCCUUGACCACAGGAGGGCAAUCACGUGUUGUCGCUUUGUGACCAGUACUCAGGGAUGUGCUCCAACAUGAAGCUAUCCAAACCUGAAAUCAGCUCUCUCUCUAUGUUUAAUCACUGUGCUUUCAUACCAGCCUGUUGAAUUUAGCAGAAAGACUCUUUCUCCUUCUCUCUCCUUCACACGGAGAAGAGAGAGGAUCUGUCUUUGUAUCUUCUCUGUGGUACCCCUAUUUAAUUUUAAGUCACUCAAGAGAACACUUCACCAGAACAAGCCCAAUAUCACGGACUUUGCCAUUGUGAAUUAUCUGAACAUGUUGUGGUGAAUAUCGACAUAUGGACUUUGAGCCUCUAUUUAGUGUAAAUACAGAUCUCAACAACACAGUUUGCUUGGGUCUUGAGUGUUUGUUUAUUUUUGUCUUCCCUAUAUCGCUCCCACCCCCACCCCAAAAAAAAAGAAGGAAAAAAACAUGAAAAGAAAGUUAAAUACGAAGCAUUUAAAACCCGUCAGUAUGCAUGUAUUACAUAUUGUUGCAGAACUGUUCUUUGGAGUUGUAGAGAUUCAUGUAUUAAAAAAGAGGCUUGUUUGCA